AAGUUCACGCACUCGGACUUGAUUUUUUCCCUUCACCUGUUGCGCACCUCCAUCCUCGAUCGUGUCUCUGGGUCGCGGUUGCUGCAUUUCGCGCUCGUUGGGGCCCAAGAUCAGCUACUUUGGCAUAUCAACACUGUGAUCGGUUAGAUCAGUCACUCUCUGUGCAUUUAUCGCGUGCCGGUUGUGUGUUUUGUGUCGCUAAAUCCAAACAUUUUUAACUUACAAGAAGUGUGUGUUAGAAGAAAAUAAACAGAUUCCCAGCAAUGUCUCAUGCAUUGAUGUGCCGAAUUAUAAGUUUGAUGGUAAUUUUGAUAACGACGGUACAUGGAGAUGAGCCACGAUAUCGCAAGGAGACAAAUGAGAUAAUCAGGAAGCUUCAGGAGGAGCAACUCACGUCCGUUGGAAUUUACUACUACAGUCCCUACUCAAAGAAUGAAUCGAGAAUUCAUCCGGAAGAUCCACCACCCAUUGGCUUCAAUGCCAGUCUUCCGAUUAAAGUCAUUAUCCACGGAUGGAUGGGCAAUAAGAAUCACAUUACAAUUGAUCCAGUGAAGAAUGCUUACCUGGCUCUUUCGUGCUGCAACAUAAUCACGGUGAAUUGGGAGGGUGGAGCACGUCAGAACUACGAUGUAGCUCGCUAUAUGGUGGAUACGGUGGGCAAAAGAGCUGGAGAACUACUCCACAGCUUCCUCAUGAAGAUGAAUGCUUCAGCUGUGGAUGUUCACAUUCUGGGACACAGCCUGGGGGCACACAUUGCUGGGAAUAUUGGGAAGUACUUCAAUGGGACAAUUGGAAGGAUUUCAGCUCUUGACCCAGCCGGACCACUCUUCCGGGUGAAUUCCACAGAUGCCUGUGGACGGAAGGAUGCCAUCUUUGUGGAUGCCAUUCACACGGAUGUGGGAGUUCUCGGCGAGAAGACUCAACGUGGUCAUGUUGAUUUCUAUCCCAAUCGCGGAUUCCCACCACAGCCAGGAUGCUACCUUCUGGAUAUUCUUACCUUUUCUUCCUGCAGUCACUUCCGGGCUCCUUUGCUCUAUGCUGAGUCAAUUCUCCUUCCGGAACAAUUCUUAGCUGUUCAAUGUGAAAUUUCGGAGCUUUUCAAUUCCAUCAAGAAGUGCCGACCGAAGAAUAAUCUCAUCAGCAGGGAAAAGCGUCAGAUGAUCUUUAUGGGAGAAGCUACACCAUCAAGAUUCAUUAAAAGAAUAUUAAAAAAAAAAAAUAAUAAGUUUUGUGAUAAUUUCUUCACAAUGCAGCGUGAUGUUGUUGUGCUGUGCUUUGUGUUUAGCUUUUAUGGAUUAUCAGUGCUGGGUGAAGAUUUAAAUUUGGAUUCUGUGAAAAUGUACUACUUCGCCCCGGAACUCUCAACGGAAAUGCUCCUUGACAACGGAAGUACCCCCCUGCCCUAUUUCAAUGAAAGUGAAACAGUGAAAGUCAUCAUCCACGGAUACAUUGCUGGCUACAAGCAUCUCUCUAUAUCUCCUCUGAGGAAUGCUUACCUCUCAGCUGGAGCCCACAAUGUAUUUUGUGUAGAUUGGUCCGAAUUGGCAUUUGGUUUCUACCCCACAGUACGGUAUAGAGUAGCCAAAGUUGGUCAUCAUCUUGGCUAUAUGAUGCGAACACAAAUAAUGUCUCGCUACCCCAACAUCCCCCUGGAGCAGAUUCACGUUCUUGGGCACAGUUUGGGGGCUCAUAUUGCUGGGAAUGUGGGACGAAGCUUCAAUGGACGCAUUGGGCGUGUAACUGGGCUCGAUCCUGCCCAUCCGGCCUUCAAUGAGGGCGACAAGGAUUGGGUGAGUCCCUCAACGGCUCUCUUUGUGGACACAAUUCACACGGCAGGCAAUACAUUGGGUCAAAUGACACCCACGGGGCAUGUUUCCUUUUACCCCAAUGGUGGACCACCACCACAGCCCGGCUGCCUACUCAUUGACUACGCCACCUUUGUGCAGUGUAGUCACCUCCGGGCGCCCAUCUUCUACGCUGAAUCCAUCAUUCAUCCCAAAGCCUUUCCCGGGGUUAAAUGUGACUUCGACACGAUCACCAAUGAUGUGGAGCAGUGCCCAAGUCUCAGGGAUUCCACGGAUAUCGCCUACAUGGGGGAGUUUGUGGACCGAAAAGCAACUGGAACAUACUUCUUCCUCACCUACAGUGUACCACCCUUUGGGAAGGGAGCACGAUUUUAAUUUUCGCGCUUCUCGUGAAAGUUCCACGAAAGCUCUCGUGAGAGCUUUCACAAGUUUUGUACCUGCAUUAUCGACAUGGAUGAAAUUCAAAGUGGAAAACUUCGUUGGAAGCUCAACGAAAUGCUUUAUUAAUUAAAUUCUGAAUAUUUUUUUUAUUCUGUGAAUGAAGCCAAAAAAAAUGCGAGAGAAAAUCAAUUGAUGGAUUAGCAAUUUGAAUAUUCCGGAGGAGGUGAAAAAAAGACAACCAAAACAAUUGAAUCCGCACCCGAAAAUUGUAAAUUUUGUGAUACAAAUCAAAGGAAAAAAAAGAAUUAUAAAUACAUCAAGAAGAAUUUGAUCAAUGA